AUGACCAAAACUCACAAGAGCCCCGUUCAAGCGACUGCUCAGCAGCUUGAAGACGAUAGCACUCUUACCAAUGUGCCCAAAUUGUCCGAUCGCUAUGCUGACGAGAGCUAUAAGCUCUUCCAGAAGCUUCAGGUAGCAGACCCGACUCCAGAAGAGGCCAGGAAAAUUCGAAACAAAUGCCUGCGCAGGAUUCUGCCGUUCCUUUGUAUCGGAUACCAUCUGAUGUAUAUCGACAAGCAGACGUUGGGAAACUCAGCAAUUCUCGGAAUCAUGUCCGACGCUCACCUGAAUUCCAACCAAUAUAACUGGCUAUCUUCCAUCUUCUAUUUUGGCUACCUACUCGCAGAGUGGCCGCAGAACUGGGCUUUGCAGCGGUUUCCAGUGGCCAAGUGGUUGGCAGGUAACUUGAUAAUCUGGGGCGGUAUCACCCUUUUGCAUAUCCCGUGCAAUAGUUUCGCUUCCCUUUUUGUGGUUCGCUUCUUACUGGGACUGUCGGAAGCCUGCAUCGUACCGGCCUUUCUUCUCACCAUGUCGAUGUUUUUCACAUAUCAGGAGCAAGCUGUGAUGAUGCCGAUAAUGUGGUCAAUCGGUAAUGCAAGUCCCAUAACAUCGGGCUUGUUGUCCUAUGGAGUGCUUUUCAUCAAUACCAAAGGCUUCGCUCCCUGGAAGUGGUUCAUGGUUAUUACCGGCGGUAUCACCGUUUUAUUCGGCGUCAUUGUUUAUCUCCUAUUUCCAGAUAGUCCCUUGAACGCCCGAUUCUUGACAUCUGAGGAGCGAGCGCAGGCUAUUCUGCGGAUUAAGGAGAACCAUUCCGGCAUCGAGCAGAAAACGUUUAAGAAAUACCAGUUUCUCGAGGGGAUCAAAGAUCCCAAAACGUGGCUCUUCUUCUUACACGCUUGGUCUCAAGAGAUGGCCAAUGGACUUACAAAUCAGUACUCGCUAAUUAUCAACUCAUUUGGAUUUUCCAUCUUGCAAACAACUCUGCUGGGUACCGUUACAGGAGCGGUUUCGUUUGUCUCGCUUUUAACUGCUGCAAUUGUGUUGCAUUUGACGAGAAACUGUCGAGCCUGGAUAUCGCUAGCUUCGUAUAUCCCCGGGGCACUGUCUAGUAUACUUUUAUUAAGCCUCCCGUGGUCAAAUCGCUGGGGACUUAUUACUGGCAUAUGGAUCCGGUCUACCACCGGAAUUGCUUAUGCUGUAGUCAUGAUCUGGGCUGCAAAUACGUCCGCUGGUCAUACAAAGAAGACUACUGUCAUCGCCCUCUACCACAUUGGAUAUGGGCUAGGCAAUAUUAUCUCUCCCCAGCUCUUUCGGCCACAAUGGAAACCACGAUACAGGCCAACGUGGAUCAUUUUGCUCGUCGUUGCGGCUAUUUUGCCGUCUAUCUGUAUAUUGACUCUGCGAAUUCUACUUGUCAAAGAAAAUAAACGCCGUGAUAGACUCCAGGAGCUUGAUCAAGUGCGCGAUGAUGGCGUUGUUGAAACAGUCGACGACAAUGGCACGACAGUCACCCAUGUUGUUGACAAUAACCAACUGGAUUUGACGGAUAGGGAGAACUUGACCUUUCGAUAUGUGCUUUAA